CAAGGAUUUGUCAACCUCUGCAAAUUUUUAUUUAAAAAUAAAAAACGCGAAAACAGUUUAAAUAUCGUGAGAAAUUAACAAGUGUCCAAUAAUAAUGACCGAUAACAUUCCCACAACGCCAUAUGUAGUUCAAAUUAGUGAGCCCCUCGAAACCAUACACUUGGCAGAACAAGUUGAUAGUCAACUACAGAUUGCCCAAACCGUGAGUAAUCCUCACAUCUUAGUUGAAUCCAUGGAUAAGCCUCUUGAAAUCAUUGAAGAACCUUGCACGAGUGUUCCCCAAGAAGAACCACUGGGUUUCCAAAUUAUGUACCCCGAGGAACAACCAUGUGUCGUCAAAAUUGUGUACCCCCAAGAACUGAGUUUGAUUCGAGCUCCAAAUCUUGUAAAACGUGGACGCCCUAAAAAGAAGAAGCACGAAGCGCCACAAACUGAUGCAAAUACCGAAUCAAAAACGGACAAUGUCGAGGCUUCUAAAGCUUCCAGGACUCGUUCUGGUCGUCUAGUCAAGCUCCCAAAACACAUAGAAAAGGAUUUCAAAAAAUUUCAACCCAGUGUUAAUGAUCGCGAAGUACAAGUCACGGAUUUUGAGAGAGUUGAGGAGAAGGAGAACAGUAAAAUAGAAUUUGCUCAAUUACAGACCAGAAAGCGGGUGGUGAAAGCCCAGUUCAAGUGCCCCAAAUGCUUCAAGGCUUAUUUGGGCAAAAACAAAAUGAUUCAACAUUUGAAAAAAAAUCCCGACCAUGGGCCUCUACCCGAGGGUUACCAGCAGUACAAUUUCGAUGUUUGGAAUUAUUUGUUUGACAUCACCCAAAAAUGCAAGGCUGGGCAAAGGGGCGUCAAGUUUUGCGAAGAAUUGAGCAAUUUGCUACAUAACGUGCAGUUGCUAAAAAGCGCACUGUUUAAGACUGUCACAGAUAACAAGAAUUGUGUUCAAAUUGAUAAAGUUUUAGGCAAUGCCAUUGGCCUGGCGCCUGGGAAAUAUAAAUUUGAUGAGAAUGAGUUGUAUAAGGAUGUCACUGUGCUUAAAUUAAUUACGAAUAGCGAUUUUUUCAAACCGAAUAAUGUGAAUAGCACUGCUAAAAAUAAAACUGUUGAGGAAGCUUAUGCGGAUCAGAGCGAAAAUAAGAAAAUCAAAACGGAAACUCCCAAUUUGGAUGAAAGUUUGCCACAAAGUGGUGACAGUGGGCUCUUAAAUGAUAAACCAACUGGGGGUGAUUUUAAUUUAAUUAGUCCUGAUGCUUCAAAAGUACAAGACGUCCCAACGGUUGACAAUUUUGACAAGAAAAUGGAUGUUGAUAGUCAAAUAGGGUUGUCUUCAGAUUUGUUAAGUGAGAAUCUACUACUACCUUCUUUGCCAAAUCCUAGAAAUAGUGUAGAAGAAUUAAUGUUAACGGGUGUAGAUAAUAGCUCGAAUUUGUUAGAUAAUAGUACCAGUUCAGAUGAAGUUAUGAAUGUGGAUCAGUUUGUAAAUGAGAGGUUUAAGAAAAUUAUUGAGCCUGAUAUAGAGCUGAGUAAUACGUCGUUAAAUCUAGAUUUACCAAGUUUGGAACUGUUUCAAUUCCACACAAGCUGAUAUUAAAUCAUGUCAGAAUAUUUAA